AGCCGACGUCAGUAUCAAACAAACUCACAGCCAGGAUGAAAGCAUCUGCCUCCAGAACACCGAAUGCGGUUACUUCCAGCAGUUGAGCUCAGAGACCUCUGAUGUUUCAAACAAUGGCUUAUUGACACUAUGAUGCAAAAUUGAAAACAUCAGAGGAAAAAGAUGGAGCUGAUUAAAUGGCUUACAGCUUUUUUUGCGGUAAUAGGAUUGUGCUGUGCUCUACCUGGCCGCAUUCAUAUUGGAGGCAUAUUUGAAGAAGAGGACGAUGAAAUAGAAUUGGCAUUCAGAGUUGCUGUUGACAGACUCAAUAUGAAUGAAACAAUGCUGAAAAACUCAAGAAUAUUUGCUAUGGUUGAGAAAUUAUAUUCCCAAGAUGGUUUAAAAGCGACAGAGUUAUGUUGCGGUUUGCUCCAGAAAGGACUUGGUGCCAUUUUCGGCCCGCAGAUGGAACUCUCCAGUAUGCAUGUCCAAUCCAUCUGUGACGACUUAGAAGUUCCACAUAUAGAAGCCAGAUGGGAAUACCGUUUGAAUAGGGAUCAGCUUUCCAUCAAUCUCUAUCCAAAACCUUCUGAGCUCAGCGAAGCUUUCGUGCGUGUUGUAAAAGCAUGGAACUGGGAAGAAUUCAUAGUGCUUUAUGAAGAAGACAAUGCUAUCAUUCGCCUGAAAGAGUUCCUACAAGAAGGUGAAAACCAAAAGUGGGAUAUUAAACUGUAUCAGUUUCGAAAUGAUAGCUACCGGGACACCUUUUGGGAGAUCAAACGUGCAGCUAUUUCAAGGUCAAAGGCAGAUACUGUAAUAGAAUAUAGAAUUGUUCUCGACGUUCCAAGAGAACAUCUCUAUGAUGUUCUGAAAGCGGCUCAACAAGUUGGAAUGAUGACAGAGCACCAGAAGUAUUUAAUAACGUCUCUGGAUAUACAUACAAUUGAUACGGAGGAUUUCCAGUUCGGAAAAACAAAUAUCACCGGACUACGACUGGUUCAAGAGCAAACUAUGGAAUUCAGGGAGGUUCUGAAAGAAAUCAAUGCAAGAUUGGAGCAGCGAAAGAAAGAGCCUCUAUCUACGCUCAAGACGGAAGCUGCCUUGAUGUACGAUGGUGUGAAACUCUUUGCUUCUGCUCUAGAACAAAUGGACCUAGCAAAAAAUAUCUCCGUUUUUCCACCCAUAUCCUGUAAUCUUAUGAAUAAAGGAAUAGACGGAACGACACUUUUUAAUUUCAUGAAAAAUACAGCACUGAAUACGCCUGGCUUAACAGGUAUGAUAGAAUUCGAUGCUGAAGGCUUUCGUUCCAUAAUUGCAUUGGAUGUCAUAUACAUGACAGCUAAUGGGCUAGAAAAGAUAGGAUCCAUCGUGCCUUCUAAGAAAGGUGAAUGGAAUAUUAAUAUUGUUCCACCUGAAGAUGCUUCCGAUUUUCAGUUUAUUGACUUGGAAAACUCGCGGUUCAAAGUAACGACUAUCUUGACCGAUCCUUACGUCAUGUACAAGGAGUCUUCCCUUAAAAUGCAGGGCAAUGAUCGCUUCGAGGGCUAUGCAAUCGAUUUGCUGAAUGCCCUGGCAGAGUACCUGCAUUUCUCAUACGAAAUUAACCCUGUUAAGGAUUCGAAAUACGGCAGACUCAGCGAUAGUGGUGAAUGGGAUGGCAUGAUUGGAGAGGUUGUGAGUGGGGAAGUGGAUUUAGCUAUUGCUGAUUUGACCAUCACUACAGAACGAAUACAGGGGGUCGACUUCACCCUACCCUUCAUGCAGACCGGCAUCAGCAUUCUCUUCAAAAAACCUACACAAAAAGUUACUUCUCUGUUUUCCUUCCUCCUGCCGUUUUCCGGGGAGGUAUGGCUUUUAGUGAUGGCUGCUUAUACUUUCAUCAGUUUCAGUUACUUCUUGAUUGGUCGACUGAGUCCAUACGAGUGGUCCAACCCCCACCCUUGUCGCCAGAACGAUCAAGUUGAAGAAAAUGUUUUCAGUUUACUCAACAGCAUGUGGUUCGCUAUUGGAUCUCUUAUGCAGCAAGGUUCAGAUAUAGCGCCCACGGCAAUGUCAACUCGAGCUAUCACAAGUAUUUGGUACUUUUUCUGUCUGAUCAUGAUAUCCUCCUACACUGCGAACUUGGCAGCUUUCUUGACAGUCGAAAAGUUAGUGUCUCCCAUUGAAAAUGUCGAAGAUUUGGCUAAUCAAGAGAAGAUAAAAUACGGAUGCUUAAAAGGUGGAUCGACUUAUGGAUUUUUUAAGAAAUCAAACAUGAGCACUUAUAGACGCAUUUUUGAAUUUAUGGAGAAGAAUGCUGACGAAGUGUACAUGAAAUCCAAUUCAGAAGGAAUUCACAAAGUAAAUGACGGCAACUAUGCAUACUUCAUGGAAGCUACUUCCAUCGAGUACAAUAUAGAGCGAGAAUGUAACCUCACGCAAGUAGGAGGUCUUCUCGAUAAUAAAGGAUAUGGGAUUGCUGUUAAGAAAGGAAGACAAAAUCUGAGGGCUUGGUUGUCGGGCGGCAUCUUGAAACUUCAAGAGCAGGGGCAACUGCAUACUUUCAAAGAACGGUGGUGGAAGCAGAAAAAGGGAGGUGGUAGUUGUUCCCAAUCACCAAAAGCAUCAGGAUCAGUGAACGAGUUGGGACUGGGGAAUGUUGGUGGCGUCUUUGUAGUCAUGUUAUUGGGCAUCUUACUCUCUGCUGUCAUGGGAGUCAUUGAAUUCUUCUGGUUUCAACGGAAACUAGAAAAAGAAAGAGAGAUGUCCUUAUUCAAGUUACUCAUGAGAGAAAUCAAAUAUGCCGUGACCUGUGGCAGCUCCUCAAAACCGGCACCGAAACUGAAAUCUCGUAAAAGUGCAGAUGAAUCAACGAAGGGAUAUAAUUCACUUUAUUGAUUUCUCGUUAAAUGCUUAUUAUACACAAUAAACUUUUUUAAAUGUUAUUUUUUAUCGACCCCUGUUUUUGGGACGCUCAAUCAGGGUUCUGUUCUUGUGGAAAUAAAAUUUUAUUAAACUGGA